CUCAUAUGACCUUCCAAAUCAAGCAGCUCAAAGGAAUCAUUUACAGCUCACUCCUCUCUUUUACUGCAGUUCUUGCAUAUUUUCAGAAUAUUUGAAUCCCGAAUCCCCACGUAAUAUUUCCCCAUUAUUUCAUAGGAGUAUCUUUUACAUUUAAUAUUCAGUUUCAAGUUCAACUUCUUGAAACUGUCCAUUUUUCAAAAAAAAAAAUCAAGAUUUUCAAGAUUUCAGCUGUAUAUGUAUAUAUGUAUAACAAGAAUUCUGCUAAAGAUUUGCUGAAGAAGUGAACAAGGGGUCUUGAGGAAGCAGAAACUCAGAACUUUACUAAUAAAGUUUUAUAAGAAAUGGGGAGAAAUCUAGGGCCUGCGCUACGACGGGAAUUGGAAAAACUUGGAAAGGAUGCUGAUAGUAGAAAAUCAGCUAUGAGAGCAUUAAGGUCUUAUGUGAAAGACUUGGAUUCAAAGGCAAUUCCACAAUUUGUUGCUCAGGUUUCUGACAGAAAAGAAAAUAGCUCAUCAGCUGGCGAAUAUUCAAUUUCUCUAUAUGAAGUUCUUGCUCGUGUUCAUGGGCCAAGAAUUGUUCCUCAUAUUGAUAACAUCAUGACAACCAUUAUAAACACUUUAACUUCAAACGUAGGAUCAUUUGCUCUUCAUCAGGCCUGCUCAAAGGUUGUUCCUGCAAUUGCAAGAUAUGGGAUUGACCCAACUACUCCAGAAGACUUGAAAAGGAAAAUAAUUCACUCACUUUGUAAGCCUCUUUCAGACUCCCUUCUGGUCAGCCAAGAGAACUUAUCUUCUGGAUCUGCACUUUGUUUAAAAGCUUUGGUGGAUACUGAUAAUUGGCGAUUUGCAUCCAGCGAGAUGGUUAAUGAGGUUUGUCAAAGAGCUGUUGGCUCUUUGGAGAAGCCCAUGCACACCAACUCGCACAUGGGAUUAGUCAUGGCACUAGCUAAGUCUAAUAGUCUUACCGUUGAAGCAUAUGCAAGAUUGAUGAUACAAUCUGGAUUAAGGAUCCUGACUGACGGUGUUGCAGAAGACAAUGCUCAAAAGAGGCUUUCAGCCAUUCAGAUGGUGAAUUUUCUGAUGAAGUGUCUGGAUCCUAAGAGUUUAUUCUCAGAGCUAAGGCUUAUAAUGAAAGAAAUGCAGAAAUGUGAAGCUGAUAAAAUGCCUUAUGUCAAAGGGGCUGCUUUUGAAGCAUUACAAACAGCCAAGAAAAUUGCUAGUAAUAAAGGGCUCAACUUUGAGGGGGAUACAAGUUCAGUCAGUGGAUCAAAUUUUUGUGCGAGUAAUAAGAACGGGAGGAGAAAUUUGUCUGAUGCAGAUGAUCAGUCACCAACAUUGACAUCACCUGAAUCUCGAACUGUUGAUUCAUUUGCUGAAUAUGAUUCUUUCAUUGAAUCACCAUUUUCCAACAGUUAUGCCUGUGGUAAUUUGGACUACGAUAGGAGACUGAAACAGCAGCUUUGGAGAAGAUUUGAGAAUGGCGGGCUUGAUUUAUCAUUCAAGGAUGGGCUAUUUACAGAGGCAACUUCUAAAAGUGCGAUAGAAAAUUAUGAAGAAUAUGAAUGUUCACAGAACGACGAACGUGCAAGUGAGUUUGCAGGGUUUUUUCAGGGAAGCCCAAGAAAUGCAGGUGUACGAAGCUCGACUCCUAGUCCUCAGAGGGCACGAUCUAACAUCAAUGUUGACAAUGUCAAAAUAUUCACAACUCCAAGAAAGCUAUUCGACUCUCUUCAAGAUCUAAGCAGCGAGAACACUGAUGUCUCCAAAAAUCAAAGCAGGCAGUUUAGAAGCCCUUGCAGAAGCCAAUUUGAAUCGAGCCCUUCAAGAUGUGACCAGACCAGCUUUUCACGUCAUCCUGCAUCAAUGUUUGAUCAAUAUGGCUUCCUGCGUAAUGUUAAUCAUGAGAAAAGCCAAGACGAUAUGUCUGUCACUAGCAGAGAGUCUCAGGGUAGCUCAAAAUCAGUUGCUUCAGCGGAAGCUGCAGCUAAUGUGCAAGUGUCUCAACAGUCAGUUCCUGCAAGCCAGACAGAGUCACUUAAAGUCAGUGUCUCGGAUCACUAUCCAUUGUCCAUCCGCGGCUUGGUUUUUGUCGUCUUGGCUGUACUAUUUGCAGCUUCCUUUUUGUUUUGGAUUGGCGGUGACCAGGAUGAAGUUCAUUAUCUUCCCCCAACUUAAUGUAAUUCCCGUUUAGAAUCCUUUUAAAUUUUAACUGUAGUUCAACUGUGUCUUGUAUCUUUCGUUGGCCAACAUGACAUUGGCUUGUCCAACUUGAGGUAUUGAUGUUAUGGAAUUUUGCAUUCUCAACAACUGCAUAAACCUGAACGUGGGAUUACAGUGAUUUAAUUACUCAUUCCAGUGUUCC